GUAAGCCAAGAAGGAACCAUGAGGAAGUCUGGUCGUCCGAGGUGUCCACCAGUUGAAUUUUGGAACUUUGAAAGGCCUGAUUAUUCAGUGUCCCAUGAAGUUUCCUACAAUAUAUCAUUUUUGGGAGGCCUUUCAAAAAGAGGAAGAAAUUCUACUCAUGGGAAAAAAACUAAGGACUUUAGUAAUGCUCCGCAGAAAGUUCAGAGAGAAUUAAGUGUUGUCCUAGGUGAUAUUGCCAAGACAAAACCUGCUAAUACAAGAAUAGAUCAUAAAUUGACACCCUCUAAGCCAAGAAAUAACACCAAACAAGUUAAGACUUCAACAAAUGCACAUAUUGCAAGUUCUCGUUCUUUCACAAGGACGCAUACGAAUUCAGUGCAAGCUGAAAAGAACAAGAGUAAUACAAGAAAUAAAACAGUCAGAAAUGGCACAUCAAGAGAAGAAAAUAAGAAUGAUGUCCUUGAGUCCCCAAAGGUUCAUCCAGGAAAGUUUGGCUUACAAGAGAAACAAGUACCUUCAAAUAGAGGCAGAAAGGCUCAAAAGUGUUUUAGUAGAAUGAGUGAAGCCAGUGAUUCAGGGGUCACUGAUCUGGAUAUCUCUUGUGGAAACACACUGAUAAACGAAGCAAGAACAAAUGCAAAGGUUGCCGAGAUAUCCAACAUCAAUAUGGGUUAGUUAAUAAUAUAAGAA